GUUCCAACAAACAACAACACAAUGUACCCUUAAAGCUUCUUCCUUUACAUAUCUUUUCGUCCUCAGAAUUUAUCUCAAUAACCAGAUAUUUGUUCUAAAAGGGUUUUCAUUGUAAAGAGGAAGAAAAAAUGGGGGAUACCCAUCUUCUUGUUCGUCUCAUUGUUGUGAUUCUGGUGCUUGUUUAUGGUGUCAAUGGCGAUAACCCAUAUAGAUUCUUCACUUGGAAAGUCACAUAUGGCGACAUUUACCCUCUUGGGGUUAAGCAACAGGGAAUCUUGAUUAAUGGGCAGUUUCCAGGUCCCCAUAUCGAUGCAAUUACAAAUGAUAACUUGAUAAUUAAUGUUUAUAACUACUUGAGGGAACCCUUCCUUAUCUCUUGGAAUGGGAUACAGCAGAGAAAGAAUUCAUGGCAAGAUGGAGUAUUUGGCACUACCUGUCCAAUCCGGCCGGGGAAGAACUUCACUUAUGUUCUCCAAGUGAAGGAUCAAAUUGGUAGCUAUUUCUACUUUCCUUCACUAGCAUUCCAUAAGGCUGCUGGAGCAUUUGGUGGCAUCACAAUAUGGAGCCGACCUCUGAUUCCUGUACCUUUCCCUCCACCAGCUGGGGAUUUUACUUUACUGGCUGGGGACUGGUAUAAGACAAAUCACUAUGUAUUGAGACGUGUGUUAGAAAGUGGCCAUAAUCUUCCCUUUCCUGAUGGGCUUCUUAUCAAUGGUCGGGGGUGGAAUGGCAACACAUUCACAGUUGAUCCAGGUAAGACAUACAGGUUCAGGAUAUCAAAUGUGGGGCUUACAACUUCCAUUAACUUCAGAAUCCAGGGGCAUACGAUGAAACUGGUAGAGGUUGAAGGUUCACAUACACUGCAAAACAUCUAUGGUUCCCUUGACAUCCAUCUUGGGCAGUCAUAUUCAGUCUUGGUCACGGCUGAUCAGGCUCCUCAGGAUUACUAUGUCGUAGUCUCUACACGCUUCACUACUCGUGUGCUCACCACAACUGCCGUUCUUCACUACAGCAACUCAGGUAGUGGAGUUUCUGGUCCAGUUCCUCCUGGUCCCACGACCAACAUUGCUUCAUCACUCCACCAGGCGAGAACCAUACGUUGGAAUCUGACAGCUAGUGGACCAAGGCCUAAUCCCCAAGGCUCAUACCACUAUGGAAUGAUCAAUCCCACCCGCACCAUAAUGCUCGCAAACUCCGCACCUUAUAUCAAUGGAAAGCAGAGAUAUGCCGUCAAUGGUGUCUCAUAUCUUCAACCAGACACCCCAUUAAAACUAGCAGACUACUUCAAUAUUCCUGGAGUUUUCUAUCCUGGAAGCAUGCCUACCAGCCCCUCUUCGGGAAAUGCAUAUCUCCAGACCUCUGUCAUGGCUUCUAACUUCCGUGAAUUUGUUGAGAUUGUUUUCCAAAACUGGGAGGACACUGUGCAGUCAUGGCAUAUUGACGGUUACGCCUUUUGGGUUGUAGGGAUGGAUGGAGGGCAAUGGACCCCUGCAAGUAGAUCAGGCUACAAUCUAAGAGACACAGUUGCUCGCAGCACUACUCAGGUGUAUCCAAGGUCAUGGACUGCAAUCUACAUGGCUCUGGACAAUGUGGGAAUGUGGAACAUUAGGUCCGAGAAUUGGGCCAGGCAGUAUUUAGGUCAGCAAUUUUAUCUCAGGGUCUAUACCUCUUCCGGUUCUUUCAGAGAUGAAUAUCUAAUCCCCAAGAAUGCUCUUCUCUGCGGCCGUGCAAGAGGUCGCCAUACUAGGCCCCUUUGAAUCAGCUAAUAGGAAUUCUGUCACAAGAGGGUGACACAUGACAUAUUAGUUGAGAUAUCAAACUAGCUAAGUUCUUGGUUCCGGAAAAUUUAUUCAAGAGCUCCACUCGAGCUUAAUUAAUUAGAGUCAUUCUUUCUUUGUCUCAUUUUUCAUGCUAGAUGAACAUUCAGGAUUUGUUUCCAUUUUCAGGUGUCUGUAAUCUGUACUACUUUUUUAUGACCAUCUUCAUUGUUUUCAAUGAAAGUUUAAGAAAUUC